AUGAAGGUUGCUGUUGUGGCCGCGUUGGCCAUGAGCCAGACUGGUGUGGCGGCGAGGAAGUUUUGGACCUCAAAGCCGGCUGAUCCGGGGAAUGUGUUGAUGACUGGAUUUACCAUUGGUAACGGGAGACAAGGAGGCUUACCGCUGGGCAUUCCCGGUGACGACUUGCUUUGUCUCAACGAUGAUAGCAUCUGGCGUGGUGGCCCGUUUGCAAACUCGAGCUACACGGGAGGGAACCCUUCAUCAUCUCUGGCUCACUUCUUGCCCGGAAUCCAGCAAGCCAUCUUCCAGAAUGGAACAGGAGAUGAAUCCGCAUUAUAUGGUGGAACGGCAGAUUACGGCUCCUAUGAAGCCCUUGCCAACCUCACAGUCUCCAUUGCGGGAGUCACCAAGUACUCAAAGUACAAGAGAACGCUGGACCUGGAAACAGCAUUGCACAGCGCCGAAUUUACUGCAAACGGAGCUACUUUUUCGACUGUGCAGUUCUGCUCCUUUCCCGACCAAGUCUGUGUCUACCACGUCAGCUCCAACAAACCACUCCCCCAAAUCACCUUUGGCCUGGUCGACAAUUAUCGCACCAACCCGCCGUCGACUGUCAAAUGUUCAUCUAGCGGCAUCUGGUUGAGCGGACGAACUGUGGCCGACGAUGGUGAGGGUCUCAUUGGCAUGAAGAUUGAUGCCCAGGCUCGUGCUCUUCCUUCUGCCGGACUAAAAGCCACAUGUAAAAGUAACGGCCAGACUGUUCUUAGCACAAGGUCUGUAAAGUCGGUCACCAUCGUCGUGGCUUCGGGCACAGAGUACGACGCAACCAAGGGCAAUGCUGCACACAACUACUCCUUCCGAGGAGCUGAUCCGUAUCCUGGUGUUGCAAAGACGAUCAGUGCCGUAUCCAAGAAGAGCUACAACACGAUCCUUCAAAACGUCGACACGAUGGAUUUGAUCACAAACUACUCGACAGAAAAGGGAGAUCCCUUUGUUGAGAAUCUGCUGAUUGAAUAUGGACAGUACAUGUUCAUUGCUUCGUCGCGGCCUGGAUCGCUGCCCCCGAAUCUGCAGGGUUCAUGGGCUCCAGAUGGAAACCCAGCGUGGAGCUCUGAUUACCAUAUCGAUGUCAAUGUGCAGAUGAACCACUGGCAUGUCGAAAAGAUGGGACUGGGUGGCCUGACUGAUCCUCUCUGGGACUUUAUGACCUACACCUGGGUCCCUCGUGGGACAGAGACGGCCAACCUAUGGUACAACGUGAGCGGUUGGGUCGCCUUUACCAAUACCAAUAUCUUUGGCCAUACGGCACAGGAAAACGACGCAACUUGGUCGAAUGUCGCACACGACAUUGCCUGGAUGAUGGCACACGUGUGGGAUCGUUACGACUAUGGCCGCGACAAGAAAUGGUAUGCCUCCGUGGGAUAUCCUCUCAUGAAGGGCGUGGCGAGCUUCUGGGUGGACAUGAUGGUGCCGGACGAAUACUUCAAGGACGGCACCUUGGUUGCCAACCCUUGCAACUCUCCGGAGCAUGGCCCAACGACUUUCGGAUGUGCUCAGUUCCAGCAGGUGGUCUGGGAACUCUUUGACCACAUCAUCAAAGACUGGGAUGCAUCGGGUGAUACUGAUACGGCCUUUUUGAAGAGGGUCAAAGAAUCAUACAGCAAACUUGAUCCGGGCGUCCAUGUUGGAAGCUGGGGCCAGAUCCAAGAAUGGAAGAUGGACAUUGAUACUAAAAACGACACGCAUCGUCACUUGUCUCACCUGUACGGAUUCUACCCCGGCUAUGUCAUCUCCAGUGUCUAUGCAAACAACAAGACUGUCAUGGACGCCGUAGCUACCAGCCUGUACUCUCGCGGAAACGGCACCGAGGACUCCAACACGGGCUGGGAAAAGGUCUGGCGAGGAGCCUGCUGGGGUCAACUUGGUGUCACUGACGAGGCAUACAAAGAGCUCAAGUACACCAUCGACAUGAACUUUGCAGCCAACGGACUGUCGGUGUAUACAACUGGCAGCUGGCCGUAUGAGGUCACUCUGCCCUUCCAGAUCGAUGCCAACUUUGGUCUUUCAGCGAAUGCGCUGGCUAUGCUGUAUACCGAUCUGCCCAAGAAAUGGGGUGACAACAGUGUGCAAAAGGUGAUUCUUGGACCGGCGAUUCCCAAGGAAUGGGCUGGUGGAAGCGUGAAAGGAGGGAGUUUGAGAGGAGGCGGAACGGUCGAUUUUAGCUGGGACGAUGAAGGAGUCGUGAAUCGGGCGGUGGUGCAUGGGAGAAGGUUGCCGCUUGUGGUGGUGAAUAAGAAUGGCAAGGUGCUGGCAAGACACUGA